AGAGGUGGAAUAAGUGGGCUUUGGCUCUUCAGGGUUCAGCCUGCGGGUGGCAGACUGAAGCUGUGAAUAUGAGUGAUGACAAACCGUUCCUCUGCACGGCUCCUGGCUGCGGACAGCGAUUCACGAAUGAAGACCACCUGGCGGUGCACAAACACAAGCAUGAGAUGACCCUGAGGUUUGGUCCGGCUCGCAAUGAGAGUGUCAUCAUCGCCGACCAGACGCCGACGCCGACACGCUUCCUGAAGAACUGCGAGGAGGUCGGGCUGUUCAACGAGCUCACCGGCCCGUUCGAGCAUGACUUCAAGAAGGCCACCGAGGACGACAUUAAAAAGUUGCCUCUGGACUUGUCUCCGCUUGCGACUCCUGUUGUUCGAAACAAGAUAGAGGAGCACACACCCAUCGAGUCGCACCGGGACAGCCCCCUCCCCCACCCCGAGUCCACCACAACCGACGACAAGGAGGUUUCUUUGCAGCCGAUCUCCACUAUAGUCCGUCCUGCCUCCCUCCAAGUCCCAAAUGUGCUUCUGGCCAGCUCUGAGGCUGGUGUUGUUAUUCAGCAAGCUCUCCCAUCUCCAACAUCUAGCUCUGUAAUAACCCAGGUCCCGUCCUCUAGUAGAUCCAUAGUUCCGGUGUCCGGCACGUUUCCGGUUCUCCUGCAGCUGCCGAACGGUCAGACGAUGCCCGUCGCUAUUCCAGCCACCAUCGCCAGCUCCAGCGUACACAUACCCACUGCCAUUCCUCUGGUCAGACCUGUCACCAUAGUGCCUAGUGUCCCUGGGAUGCCCGGCCCCUCCCCUCCACAGCCUGUCCAAUCAGAAGCCAAGAUGAAGCUGAAGGCGGUCCUCAGUCAUCAGAUCCCCCAGGUGAUGAACGGUGACGCAGGAGAGACCCAGAGCAGCGAGACUCCGCCCCCAGCCCCGGCCGAGGAGCCACGCCCCCAGUGCGCUACACAACAGCCGGCCACAUCCACUACAGAGACGCCCGUGUCUCCCGCCCCCCCAGCCCAACACACAACCAGUACCGGUGGGCGGCGGCGGAGGACCACCAGCGAAGACCCCGACGAGAAAAGACGCAAGUUUCUGGAAAGGAACAGAGCCGCCGCUUCCCGCUGCAGGCAAAAGAGGAAAGUCUGGGUGCAGAGUCUGGAGAAAAAAGCCGAAGACUUGAACAGCGUGAACGGACAGCUACAGAAUGAGGUGACUCUUCUGCGUAGUGAGGUGGCCCAGCUGAAACAGCUCUUACUGGCUCAUAAGGACUGUCCCGUGACACUCCUGCAGAAGAAAUCAGGAAACCACCAGCUGGAGAAGGAGGACAGCGGCGGGGAGAUGUCUGUUCCCAGCAGCCCUCAGAACGAGGCCAUCCAGCACAGCUCCAUCAGCACAUCCAACGGCAUCAGCUCGAGCACGGCCCUGGGACCCGGACCCGCCCUGGGCCCGCCAGCAGAACACAGCACAGAGGAGGACGAGGACGAGGAGGAGGAGGAGGAGUCUUCCUCACACGCACAGUCUUCUGGGAGCUGAUCAGGCCUCCGCUCGCUCACUUCAGUCCUGGCAGCCAUGUUGAAAUGAGCCUCUGUUUUCAUUUCAGCUCUUUUCAAUCCAGCGCAUUUUUACAAAGAGUGAGUACGGAAAGCCCUUGGGAGGCUAUGCAGGAACUCAACUGGUUAUUGUUGUUUGUUUUGUUUUCUUUGGUGUAUUUAUUGAGUUAAACGUAAAGUGUCUUGGAAGGAUCAAGAUAUCACGAUAGCCCAAAUGUGUCCGGGUUCAUAGUGAAAGGAAAUGGACUUACUGAAGCACUACCAGAGGCAUAAAGUUAGAAGAAUUGACCGCUUUAGUUUCAUAUUUACAAAGAGUGAGUACAGUAGUUGGGAAAGCCCUUGGGAGGCUAUGCAGAAAACUGUACUGAUUGUUUUAUGUUUGUUUGUUUUUUCAUGUGUGGCGUAUUUAAGUUAAACGCAGAUUGUGUUGGAAGGAUCAAGUCGGAAUGAUUCACGACAGCCCAAAAUGUGUCCGCAUACAUAAUCCGCGUUUCCACUGCAGGAAGUUUCCCCAGGAACAAGGGACUUUGGGCUGGUACUCGGUGUGUUUCCACCGCAGGAACCAGGGUCUAAAUGAAGUGUCCCUUGUCAACACUUGGUUAGGUUGCCAGGUUGAAAGAUCAGGCAACUGGUCAACAUUAGAGAAACAUAUUGGUCCGAUUAUUCAUAAAGGAGUUAGGGCCAUGCAAAUUACGGAGUUUCCCGGGAGAAAUAACAUACUGAGAGGGGUCCGGGAUAUAGGGCUAAAAAAACGGGAGAAACCCGGGAAAAACGGGAGUGGUCCCCGUCCGAAAGUCCCUGCUUGUGAGUUCAGGAACUUUCAGGGGUGGGACUUGGGUGCUGGACAUGCUGAUUGGUCGAGUUCAUGCCGCAUUUUGAUUGGUUGACUCCAUGCAGCAUUUUGUUUCAUCCACCAGUAACAAAACAGUCACAGUUAUUUACUAUUCGAGUCAACAAUGGAGUUUAAAAAAUACAACCGAUGGACCGACGACGAGUCUCAGGCUUUAUUAAGCUUAAAGGAGAACUCCA